UCUCUUCUGCACAACCUACACCCGAAACCAAUAAAAAAAUCAUCUUACCGCUGCAGUCUGUCUCGUUCUCUCCUAUUCCACACACUACUACCUAUUGCUCUCGUUCUUUCUCGUGUGCGUAUUUUGUGUCUGGAGGAAAAUAGUCUACAGAAAAAGCAACCGAAUCAAAAAAAAAUAGUGUCCAACUCCUUGCAUGUGUGCUGUCCGGCAGUAAAGUAAUGUGGUGUUUUUCAUGCGUCUCUGCUCCAGCUAACUCAGAACCAAUGGCAGCCAUCCGAAAGAAGCUCGUGAUCGUCGGCGACGGUGCCUGUGGUAAGACAUGUCUGCUGAUCGUCUUCAGCAAGGAUCAAUUCCCGGAGGUGUACGUGCCGACAGUGUUCGAGAACUAUGUGGCCGAUAUCGAGGUCGACGGAAAACAGGUUGAGCUAGCGCUAUGGGAUACUGCCGGGCAGGAAGACUACGACAGGCUCAGGCCUUUGAGCUAUCCAGACACCGACGUCAUACUGAUGUGCUUCUCGGUCGAUUCGCCAGACUCGCUGGAAAAUAUUCCAGAGAAAUGGACGCCUGAGGUCAAACAUUUUUGUCCAAACGUACCCAUAAUCCUAGUUGGUAACAAGAAAGAUCUCAGAAACGAUCCUCACACUAUAAAGGAAUUGGCCAAAAUGAAACAGGAGCCAGUGAAGCCACAGGAAGGACGUGCAAUGGCUGAGAAAAUUAACGCUUUCGCUUAUCUGGAGUGUUCGGCCAAGUCGAAAGAGGGCGUACGCGAGGUGUUCGAAACUGCCACCAGGGCCGCGUUACAGGUCAAAAAGAAGAAGAAGAGUAAAUGUGUGUUGCUCUAAGAGAGCAAUGGUAACAUUUUUUUCCUUCGUGAGAUGCAAACACAAAUACACAGCAACAAGAAAAAAGAAGAAAACAAAAAAUGAUAAAAGUUUAAUAAAUAUGGUGGUCGUCGUCGAUCGGCUAAGAACAGGAGAUGAAGAAAAAUCUAUAAGGAAAGGAAAGCAUGUUAGGAAAAUGCUGGAUCUGUUUUGAUAGAAA